AUGAAUACUGCGCGCUAUACUCACACCGCAUCCAUACUAACUAAUGGAAAAGUCUUAGUUGCUGGUGGCUAUACUAUUUCUGGCGGGUGUUCCAAUAGUACAGAAUUGUACGAUCCAUCAACAGGUGUUUGGACAAAUACUGGCAGCAUGAUUUUUGCAAGAUUCUUUCACACAGCAUCCAUACUAAGCAAUGGAGAAGUUUUAGUUGCUGGUGGCUCUCUUAGUCUUACCUAUUAUUCUACUAGCUUUUUGGACCGUGCCGAAUUAUACGAUCCCUUAACAGGUGUUUGGACAAAUACUGGCAGGAUGAGUUAUGCACGAAUAUAUCACACAUCAUCCGUAUUAGCCUAUGGAAAAGUAUUGGUUGCUGGUGGUUUUAACUUCUUUGGCUGUUUGAUUAGUGCAGAAUUUGCAGAAUUUUAUGAUCCAUCUACAGGACUUUGGACUAAUACUGGUAACUUUAGUUUUGCACGAAUUUAUCACACAGCAUCCAUACUAACUAAUGGAAAAGUCUUGGUUACUGGUGGCUCCGGCUUUGGCACUGGCAUUUUGAGCCGUGCCGAAUUAUACGAUCAAUCAACAGGUGUUUGGACAAAUACUGGCAGCAUGAGUUUUGCAAGAUACUCUCACACAGCAUCCAUACUAACCAAUGGAGAAGUUUUAGUUGCUGGUGGCAAUGGUGAUAGCAAUAAUUUGACUACUACAGAAUUGUACGGAUGA